AUGCGAUCAGGAGAUGAAAAUUCUCAACUCUAUUCGAAUACUUGUUCCGGUCAAUCAAAUAAUAAUGAUCUUUCAUGUGCUAAAUGUACAGCAUUUUCCUCAACACAAUUCAAAGAGGAAAUGAUUAAUAGAUAUUAUACUCCUGAACAAGCAAAGAUAAGACAAGAUAUUUAUGAUUUGGUUAAGGAUAAUCCACUCUUUGAAAGAAAAUACGGACUUUCAAAAGAACAAGAAAGACAAUUGACUCAUGAUCGUGCUGUGUAUAUUAUUCAGAAAUUGAGACCUUUUGAACUUGAACAUUUUAGAACUGAUCCAAAGAGAUUCUUUACUUUUUUAGAUACUGUUAAUAAUAUUGAUUUUGGAGUUGCUGGAAGAAGUAUGAUUCAUUUUGGGUUGUUUGGUGGAUCUGUUCUUUAUUUUGGAACUGAAAAGCAUAAACAAUUCCAAGAUAGAAUUGUUAAUGAUUUUGGAAAGAUUUUUGGCAUGUUCUGUAUGAGUGAAAUUGGACAUGCUUCAAAUGUACAACAAAUUGAAACACUGGCAAUUUAUGAUCAUCAAUCCAAGACAAUUAAUAUUCGUACACCAAGUGAUUCUGCUGUUAAGGUUUGGAGUGGAGGUGCUGCUCAAUUUGCUCAGUGGGCUGUUGUGUUUGCUCAAUUGGUUGUUGAUAAGAAGUGUGGAGUUCAUGCAUUCUUAGUUCCAAUUAGAUCUGAAAAGGAUCAUUCAGUACUUCCUGGUAUUAGAAUCAGAGAUUUGGGAUCCAAGAUUGGACUCAACUGUUUAGAUAAUGGAAGAGUUUGGUUUGAUGUUAAAAUCUCAAAAGACUUGAUGCUCGAUAGAUUUGGAACCAUUGAUGAAAAUGGUCAAUAUAAGACAUCAAUUCCAGAUGAAAGUGUCAGAUUCUUAGCUCACGUUCAAGCAUUGCUCAUUGGUAGAAUCAUGACUGCCAGUUCAAGUUUGAAUGCUCUUAAAAUGGCUCUCGAAAUCACUUUGAAGUAUGCAGUUCACAGAAGGCAAUUUGGCCCAACUAAUUCAGGAGAGGAAUUGCAAAUUAUCAAUUAUCUCAGUUAUCAAAGAAGAUUGUACCCAUACCUUGCAUUUUCCUUUGUCGCUCACUUCUCUGUUGAGGAUUUGAAGAGAAAGUAUGAAACAAAUUCUGACUCCAAGAUGAUCCACACAUUGGCUAGUUGUCUCAAAGCCAAAUGUAGUGAUAUCUCAUUGCUAGGUUGUCAAGAAUGUAGAAAAUCCAGUGGUGCUCAAGGUUUCCUCAGUGCAAAUAGAAUUGGUGAAAUGAGAGAUAUUGCCGAUGCCUCAAUUACAUAUGAGGGAGACAAUAAUGUUCUCUAUCAAACAGCUUCUAGAAACUUGGUUAGAAGA